CGCGGUAGGCCCUUAGAGCUCGUCGGUGAGGCAGAGCGGAGCGGGUUCCUGCUUCAACAGUGCUUGGACGGAACCGGCCGCGCUCGGGCCCGCCGCCACCGCUAACCGCCUUCAUCACCCAGCCGGAUUUCACCGACACACACCCCACCGAAAGGCAGCGCCAUGGCAGCUCCCACUUCUCAGGUGCGUCAGAACUACCACCAGGACUGCGAAGCCGCCAUCAACCGCCAGAUCAACCUGGAGCUCUACGCUUCCUAUGUGUACCUUAGCAUGUCCUACUACUUCGACCGGGAUGAUGUGGCUCUGAAAAACUUUGCCAAGUAUUUCCUGCAUCAGUCCCACGAGGAACGUGAGCAUGCUGAGAAACUGAUGAAGCUGCAGAAUCAGAGGGGCGGGCGCAUCUUCUUGCAGGACAUCAAGAAGCCAGAUCGCGAUGACUGGGAGAAUGGACUGACUGCAAUGGAAUGUGCCCUGCACCUGGAGAAGAAUGUGAACCAGUCACUGUUGGAGCUGCACAAACUGGCAACUGAAAAGAAUGAUCCACACUUGUGUGACUUCAUUGAGACUCAUUACCUGGAUGAGCAGGUCAAAGCCAUCAAGGAGCUGGGUGACCAUGUGACCAAUCUGAGGAAGAUGGGGGCACCAAAGUAUGGCAUGGCGGAGUACCUCUUUGACAAGCAUACCCUUGGGGACAGUGACCAUGACAGUUGAAGUCAUGGCAAGAGCUGCCCUUUGGGUUUCCGUGGGACUCCACUGUCCAGCUGUGCAUGCAUUUCCAACUGUCUAGAUAAACAGUUCUUAUACUCUGUACCAAAUAUCACCCCUCUUUUCUCUUGUGUUUUGUGUAUUGCCCUCCAUCCAAUAAAGUGACUUGGUUCAA